ACAAUUUCCCACGAAAUUCAAUAUUUCUCGAUUGUUUCCAUGAUCACUUGCACUAACCUAUAUCUGACGUGGUGUUAUUCGCUUUCCACAAUAUUUUGAAGUUUCAAACAAGUGAUGAGAUGUGGCAUUAGAUGUUGAUAAACCCUGUUGGAUAUAGGAAUGUUGUUGUUGGUGAAAGUCAAUUAUUAAAUUAUCAAUUUUAUAAACCAAUUAGAUAGUAAAGUUUUUCUUUCUGACAUUAUCAUAGUAGCAAUGGAAAGAAGUUCCGGCAUUGUGUUCAUUUUCAUUGGCUUGUUGAUUGCCCCACUGAGCCUGGCGCUAUACGACUCUGGCUCGGACGUUGUGAACCUGACACCCACGAACUUCGACCGCCUGGUGGUGCAGAGCGACAGUGUGUGGGUCGUGGAGUUCUUUGCCCCGUGGUGCGGGCACUGUCAGCAGCUGGUGCCCGAGUACUCCAAGGCUGCCGCGGCUCUGAAGGGAGUUGUGAAGGUGGGGGGAGUUAACGUGGAUGAGCACAAAGCCCUCGGGAGUCAGUACAGCGUGCAGGGCUUCCCCACCAUCAAGAUAUUCGGUGCAGACAAGCGCAAGCCGGAGGACUACAAAGGACCCAGGACAGCGCAGGGAAUCAUCGACGCGGCGUUCUCGGCUCUGCGCUCCAAGGUCAACUCACAGUUGCCUGGCGGGAGGAGGAGCGGCGGCGACCAGUCGAAGAGCGAUCCCAAGGACGUGAUAGAGCUGACAGACUCCAAUUUCGACUCUCUCGUGCUGGAUUCGGAUGACAUGUGGCUGGUAGAGUUCUUUGCCCCAUGGUGCGGCCAUUGCAAGAACCUAGCACCUCAUUGGGCGCGAGCUGCUACGGAGCUGAAGGGCAAGGUGAAGCUGGGGGCCCUGGACGCCACGGUGCACACGAGCAAGGCCCAGCAGUACGGAGUGAACAGCUACCCCACCAUCAAGCUGUUCCCGUCCGGCAGGAAGGACGCCGGCUCGGCCGUCGACUUCACCGGCGGGCGAACCAGCAGCGACAUCGUCAACUGGGCCUUGGACAGGCUGGCAGAGAACGUGCCGCCCCCGGAGAUCAAGCAGGUUACAAACGAGGCUGUACUGAAGGAAGCUUGUGAAGAGCACCCUCUGUGCGUCGUAUCCAUCCUCCCAUACAUACUGGAUUGUCAGUCUUCGUGUCGUAAUGAGUAUCUAGACAUCCUGCAGAAGUUGGGCGACAAGUACAAGAAGAAGAUGUGGGGCUGGGUGUGGGCGGAAGCAGGAGCGCAGCCGGACCUGGAAUCUGCUCUGGAAAUUGGAGGUUUCGGCUAUCCUGCCAUGGCUGUGCUCAACCACAAGAAAAUGAAGUACUCAAUACUGCGAGGUGCAUUCUCGUACGAUGGCAUUAAUGAGUUCCUAAGGGACUUGUCUUACGGUCGUGGCAACACUUCUCCAGUGAAGGGCGCAGCGUUGCCCAGCGUGGCGACCGUGGAAGCGUGGGACGGAAAGGAUGGUCAGCCGCCUCCAGAGGAGGACAUCGACUUGUCCGAUGUCGACUUAGACGACCUGAAAGACGAGCUCUAGUGCGGCUGUCUUUUUACACCUUCGCCUGUUAUACGCUGGUGUAUGCUUCCUUGUGCGUUUGUUUUAUGUGUUUUACGAGAAGUGCUCGCAUCUAGCAUUCGGAACAGUUGACUUUACUGACUUAGUUGUGUAUCAUGAACUUCCGCAGAUGUCAACUAAGACUUGAGACCUACAAGACUUAAACAGAUGCAUUUCUUUUGUGUCAAAGUAUGUGUAUGAUGUCAUAAACAAUUUAUAUACAAAA